AUGGCUUCAGCGUUAAAGAAGCAACAAAAAAGUAUUGCCGAUUUAUCUGAAGUAGUAAUGCGGGAUCUGAAAAAACGUGUCGAAAAGCGGUCCAUGGCAAGGCUGUAUCCCAAGAGACUUAAAUUAUGGGUAGCAAAACAGAGGGGUGAAAUAGAUACAGAACCGGGGGAGGAAGAUGAAGAGGAGAAUAGUAAUAGUGCUGGGCCUA